UGUAUAUGCCUGGUAGCAACAAAAAGAAAGAAACAGGUAAACAAGGUGAUUCAUCAUCAUCCCGACAUGAAUUGAACCAUGUUCUGACUCCUAAAUCUGAACUUGAGCACAGGCCAGAGUUCGUCUUAAUGAGAUGCGUCAGUUGCAUCUUUUAUGUCAUGGUUGGUGAGGGUAACCCAAAGUGCCCUAACUGUCAUAGGAGUGAUGUUUUGCUUGCUGCGCUCCCUAGGGAUAUACCGAUGCCUCAAGAAAAUAAAGACUCAUCAAAGAAGCGUAAACUCAACAAGUUUGAAAUGGUCUCAUUGAACCGCCAUGUCAUCAAUGAACAAAGUCUCAAGAGUGUGUAUGUGGCUGGUAACAACAAAAAGAAAGCAACAGACAAACAAGGUGAUUCCCAACAUGAAUUGAACCAUGUUCUGACCCCUAAAUCUGAACUUGAGCACGAGCCAGAGUUUAUCUUAAUGAGAUGUAUCAAUUGCAUCUUUUAUGUCAUGGUUCGUGAGGGUAACCCUAAGUGCCCUAACUGUCAUAAGAGUGAUGUUCUGCUUGAUGCGCUCCCUAGGGAUCUACUGAAGCCUCAAGAAAAUAAGGACUCAUCAAAGAAGCGUAACCUCAACAAGGUAUAUGGUGAUUUUGGGGGGAAUCCAUUCUAA